AUGUCGGGUCUGGAAGCGAGGCUCCGUGACUCGCUGCGAUGUCGGAUCCCGGCCGGCGGCGAGGCGGCGCCGGACGCCGCGGUGGUCUUCGCCGGGGGGCUGUUCCUCGAGCCGGCGGCGCCGCCGGGAUUGCUGUCGUCGGUCUCCUUUCGCCGUUCGUCGGGCUCGGCUCCCAGGCUGUGCUGCUCGAACGGAAGGGCCCUGAUUUGGGGGGUGAAGGGGGGAGGAGGGUUCCUGUCGGUGAGCUUGUCGAUUAAAGAGGGGGAGAGGUUUGUUCGGGAGUCCACGGUGGGGUUGCUGGAACCAAAUGGGGAGAAGGUCGUCUCCUCUGAGGAGGCAUCAGAGGAGAAACAUCAAACCAGGGAGAAGGGAGAGGGGAAGAAGAAGGUUGUCGUCCAGGGGGCCGGGGCCGGUGCUAUGAACACAACCAAGCAUCUGUGGGCUGGUGCCGUUUCUGCCAUGGUCUCGAGGUAAGAGCGUGUACCGAGUAUUGUUUUCAAAUUAUUUUUCUUUUAUCUGCACCAAUCUUCUCUGUUUUAAGUGUUUUUUUCUUUUCCUAUCACCCGGAGUUUCCUAUGUAAUUCUUCAUCACCUUUUUUUGUCAAUUUAUCAUUUAAUUCUCUCUUUUCUUUCCGAUCACUAUUUGCCUUUCAUUCACCCGCACCAGUUAGAUCAGAUACUAAUCACUCGUGCUAUUUUCUCGGUCUGUACUUUUUUUCCACUGUCAAAAUGUAUGGUCUGAAGCAUGAUCACAGCUUACAUGAGCUUUAAAUGGCGCAGCUAAAAUUGUGGUUUUUAGUUUUCUAUUGGUUAACUGUCCUGCCAGCGUCAACUGACCCUCUACUGUCCUAACAAAUAGCCUUGGCCGAGUAAAAGCCCGAUGUCAUGUAUGAGAACUGGUGAAAGGCUCAUUAUCUAGUUCCUUUCUGUUGUAUCUAAUUGAAUAUCAAUAAAGUUAAGAAUGGAAAUGGGGUUUGAAAACAUUUCUAUAAAACGAAGUGUUGUUCGGGGCAAAGGGACAGAAGGGGAAAUUAUACUGUCCACUAGUGUUGUAAUCAUACUGAUGAUAACGGACACUAAAGGAUAAGUGGGGAUGCUCUGCUGAAAGGGUAGAAAAAGGAAGGGAUUUAAUUGAAUGGACCGUGUGGGUUCUGGUCCCCUUUGGUUGUAGGGGAAGAACAUCUUUUGAAGACUGAAACUAGGGAUCCAGGAAAGGGGAACACGUUAGGAAUAAAAAAAUAGCUGGUGGGUAUUAUUUCUGAGUAUUGCAGGCAAGCGGCAGAAGGAAUACCGUGAGUUUGAGUUUGAUCAAGUAGGAAACGGAAGCUUUUCUGUUAUGAAGCUAUAAUUGCAUAUUUCAGUGGCAAUUGUGUCGAGGAAAAACUGUGUGUGUUUAAAAUUGACAUGCGGGCAGGAGAAGAUAUGAUGAUGUCAUGGCCUAAGCCUUCUGAUCAUGAAGAAAUAGUGACAUCCCUCUUUAAGGCAGAUGAUAUCGUCAGUGGGUACUUAUGAAGAUGAUUUGGCUCUGGAAAUAGGUUUGGCACCCUGCUUGUUGACCUAUGCUUGUGAGGUCUUUUAAGGUUUUGGAAUGCUGUCAAGGCUCCCUGCAGAAGUUGAACUCUGGACUUUGUCUCCUUCUCCAUCGAUAUAUAAUUUUUUUCUCCCCUAUUCUAUGUUACAAUCUCUUCAUUUGAUGACAUUAUUUUAUUAACAAGUAAUUAAAGAAUGCAGGUUUAGAGUUCUACGAUAAUUUUUCGCUUUUUUUAAUCUGCUUGAUGUGACCUUGUCGUCUAUUAGUUAGACCUAAUGCCUCCCUAUCAACUUUCAGUCAUAAGAAUCUUGACAUUCACUGUUAACUUUCAGUUUCUUAAUUCUCUUUUAUUUAGCUUCAACAACUUUUCUCUUUACUGCGGUUUUUUUUUUCUGAUUUUUGUUUAAGGAAUCAGGGUUUUUUCUUCUUUUGCAAUUACUACAUAACGAUAUUUAUGGAGAGGUUGGCGUGGAGUCAAGGAGAUCCAUCAAUUAGAGUCCUUAUUGUGUCACUUUAGUGUAUCUUAGUAGAUAAAGGACCUCAUGGACACAAAGGAUGGUGAUCCGCAAGCUAUUGGCUAAACCUGUCACUUCCAGGGGAUUUGGCUCGUCUUCUUGUAGGAUCUCCAGGUCAUCGAAUCAGAUGCUGACUUCGGUUUGAUGAUGAUAAGCACUUUAUUAAAGCCCUGGCAUUACCUUGGCCCUAAUAUUCCACUGAUCAUAAAAUCGUUCCUAUGGGACGAACUGAAUGAACUCCUAGCGGAUCCAGUCUCCUGUUGGUUUUCAAAUGUGUCGUAGAUGUCCAACUAAUAAUAAUUGGAUCUCUGUCUCAAUCAUGAAGAGGUGCAUAUUAGUAACCGUGCCCAUGAUUUGAUGUAAUUUAUUCUAGAAUGAGAACAUGUAGAUAUGCAUGUAAUUAUUUAUUUUUCAUGUCUGUCUAUGUAUGAGACUAUUUCAAGGCGGUCGUUACUUCUUUUGAAGUCCUCGUUAUUUAUUUUAACUUUUUGACGAUGAGAAAUUUUGCUGAAAUGAAGUCUGAUAAAUCACUUACUUUUUUUGCUCGACACGUAUGGUUCAUUUCUUCUGAAACGUGUCAUUGCUCUUUCAGAACGUUCGUUGCACCUCUCGAGAGGCUUAAGCUGGAGUAUAUAGUUCGUGGCGAGCAAAGGAAUUUAUUUGAUCUCAUCAAGACUAUUGCAACUUCUCAGGGUCUCAGGGGCUUUUGGAAAGGGAAUUUCGUGAACAUUCUUCGCACCGCACCAUUCAAGGCAGUUAAUUUCUAUGCAUAUGACACGUAUAGGAAACGUCUCCUUAAAAUGUCUGGGAAUGAAGAAGCCACAAACUUUGAGCGUUUUGUUGCUGGUGCUGCAGCGGGCAUUACAGCUACCAUACUAUGCAUACCAAUGGACACGGUACUUUGUCUCUUUAGAUCUGAUAACUCUUUGGACAUUAGAAAAUGCUGAUUAUUCUUUUUGGCUGUCACAUGUUCAGCCUACGGACCCAGAUCUUGUUUUUCUCACUUAACUCCUUCCUGAUCUUUAUUGUGUGGUUUAAAGUUGGCGUUGCAGCGUUGGUUUUACAUUGAGGAAAAUAUACGACCUCUGAAUAUUCUGAUCGAAUGUAUUUGAUGGAUCCCUACGAAUUUUUUUCUAUUCCAUGCAUUUUAGAUUAAAUCAUGUUCCCUGAUCAUUGGCACGCCUGAAUCUGAAUUUCUUAUACAUCAGAAUUCUGGAUGAAUCACAAUUUAGAAUAGAUUUAUGUGCCAUUCAUUUGGUUUGGUACUUCGAGUCUCGUGGUUUGAUUGCCGGAGUGGUGUCUGUUGAGACAGAAUGCUCUUUAGUUUCCGCAUUUAGACUAAUACCACUGGACUUGGUCAAAUUAAUGGUCUCUCUCUCUGUCUCUCUGUCUCUCUCUGUUUUCGUACUCCUGUAGACAUGACAUGCCAUAUUCGUCGAUCAUACAACCCCCUCUCUCUGUCCUCAAUAAAUUUACUCGUUGAGUUUCAUCAUUCAUCCUCAUCCUGCACUUUUAGCUCUUAUUCUCAUAUUUUUGUUUUGUCAUUCAAAAUCAAUUUGGAGCGUCAACUCAGAUUCGAACAAAGAUGGUGGCACCUGGAGGCGAGGCUCUGGGAGGGGUGGUCGGUGUUUUCUGCCACAUGGUCCAGACCGAGGGGUUCUUCUCUCUCUACAAGGGCUUGGUGCCCUCCAUCAUCAGCAUGGCUCCAUCCGGGGCUGUCUUCUACGGGGUCUACGACAUACUAAAGUCGACAUACCUGCACUCCCCCGAAGGGAUGAAGAGGCUGUCUUCGAUGAAGGACCGGGAAGGGGAGGAGCUGAAUGCGCUGGACCAGUUGGAGCUGGGGACUGUGCGGACGCUCCUUUAUGGCGCCAUUGCCGGCUGCUGUGCUGAGGCUGCCACCUACCCUUUUGAGGUGGUCAGGAGGCACCUGCAGAUGCAGGUCCAGGCGACGAAACUCAAUGCCUUUGCCACAUGUGCGAAGAUCGUCGAGCAGGGUGGCGUCCCCGCACUCUAUGCUGGGUUGAUUCCCAGCUUGCUGCAGGUAUCCUGCUUUUCUUCGAUCCUCCACUUCUUUUAUAUCACGUCUGUGGUUACUUUCUCUGUGAUCAUGAACAGAAGUAGAGAUUUCUUUUGCCUUUAAGGUAGUAUCUUGAUUUGCGGAUUUUUCUUUUACUCGGUUGUUUUUUCUAUGCAAUGUUCUUUACCUUCAUCUAGUUUAGCAACAUAGUGCUGGGGACGGAUAUUUUCUUGAAAAAGAAUUUGAGAUGCAAACACUGUUUUUAGGGGUUUCUAGUGGAUUUUAUUUAUGGUUAUGAAUUUAGCUUCAAGGGGGUAAAUUGGAACUUGUUCAUUCACUCUCUGGAUCGCCCAAUUUCGAUAUGAAUCGGUCAUGGAAAGCCUGGUUUGAGGGGGAUGUGGGAUGCCCCCCCAUCUCUCUCUCUCUCUCUCUCUCUCUGUCUGGAAAUCCUAGACCAAGGAGGUAGUCUUCUACUACUAGUUCGGAUAUGGAAAAAGGGGAGGGGACUGAGUUCCUUCUCUAUUUCACUGAAAUGAAAGUGGGGGUCAUGGCUCAUGCUCAUAUCUUGACUUCAUUGUGAGUGUUUUCAGCUCUAGUUUUUUUUUAUUUUUUUUUGACCAACUGGCGUUCUCCUUCUCCAUCCUACGAUCACCAAGAAAUCUCGUUAAUGAAAAAUUUCCUUUCUGCCUCAUACCUUGCUGUUAAUACCCAUCUGCAGCUUCUCAUCACACACACACUCUCUCUCUCUCUCGCAGGUUCUGCCAUCUGCGGCCAUCAGCUACUUUGUGUAUGAGUUCAUGAAGAUCGUCCUCAAAGUGAAUUGA